AUCAUGAACAACUUUAAAAAUUCAGAAGAAAAUAUAACUGAUGAUCUCUUGAAUGAGAAUGUGACUAGAAAGGCCAUGAUUUGAUCUCUUCAUAGAGAGACCAUGGUAAUGUCCACCCCGUUUGGUAAGAGGUCCAUGUUUAAGCCAUUCAGGAAGGUUGUUUCCUGACCUAUUCCUGAUUUGAAGAGAGAAGCCAGAGUUGAUAAUUUUGAAUCAUUUAUUGAGAAUAAAAAUCCUUUCCUUAAGAAGAAAUCUAAUAAAACUCAGUACUGAACUAAGAAUAUCCAGGAAGACAUUAGAAAUUUACUCAAAAAGGCAAUUCAGAUCAGGAACCUUCACAACUUUGAGUGAGAUCUAAAUGAAAGUCCUAAGUUUGGCAGCCACGGAUGAGGUGCCGAUAUUAAUCCUAAAAAUAAAGAAGUCACUGUGGGAGAUCUCCAUAAUCCUUCUUGUUUAUAAUUCUUUCUCAUAAUAAUUUUGAAUUUAA